AUCCCGCCUGACGACCAGACUACAUACGGACGGAGUCAUCCGCUCCCUUCGGCCGGCAUCUCUCGGAGGCUCCUCCCAUGCGAGUGUUGUCGACCCAGCAGUCGUCUGCGUGCCACUCCGCUUGCCGCAUCCGGUCGUUUCCAGGAUAAUAGCAGCCAAGUCGAUUUCUGUAAGCCUUCGAUUCAGUCGCGCAUGCCCAGCUAGUUCACGUUGGCCUCGCUACAGGAACCUUGAUAUAGGGUCGUCGAUAUAGGACCCUCUGUACAGAAUUCUGUGUAUAAGACUUUCGAUAUAAAGUCUUGAUAUAGAACUCUCGUUAUAGGACCCUCGAUAUUGGAACCUCGAUACGGGACGUCAUUGUCUCGUGUGUCAAUUUCAGGCGUUCAUUCCACGUGCCAACGCCGCCUUAAACUCUCAAUGUGCUAGCGACGUCUUUAAUCGCCUAGGGAGGUAGGCGCGUGACGCGGCCCCGUGCGCGGCGGCAUGGGGUCGAGCGAGGAGGCGAUCGGGCGGCAGAUCGACCUGCGGCGAGCGGCGUCGGCGGGCGUGCUGCAGGCGCAGGACCGCGCGCAGCAGGCGGCGGAGGCGCUGCAGCAGCACCGCGCGGACCAGCAGCAGCAGCAGCAAGCGCCGCGCGCGCUGCCGGGAUGGUCGACGCGGUUCAUCGACUACUUCGUGGUUUGCGGGCUCGGCGCGGAGCUGCGCACGAUGGACGGGCAGCGCGGGUUCCACGGCGUGACGGGCAGGGACGGCGAGCCCGUGCUGUACCAGCCGCAAAUGACGCCGCUCGACUUCUACCCCACCAAGGAACACAAGAAGUUCGGCGUGCCCGAGGGGCUCCCCAUGGUGGUGAUGCCGCGCGGGCUGCGCUUCUACGAGCGAGGGCCCUUCUCCGGGGACAAGAGCACGCAGCCGCGCUCCUACCCCAUGGUCAUCACAGACACGGUGGGCACGAAGGUGUACGUGACGGUGGUGUCGUUCCGGGACCCGGUGGACGAGGACGUGGCGACGGCGUACGGCAUGCCGACCAGCCACUACGUGGACAAGUGCAUGUGCAUCGUGAGCCACUGGCCCUUCUUCGACACCUUCACGCAGGCGCUCGAGGAGAUCCACCGCAUGUGCUUCUGCACCGCCGGCUGCACGCAGCCGCUGUGGGACACGGUGCAGCACCUCGUGACGCAGGUGCCGCUGCCCGACCCCGGGCGAUGCACCGUGGUGUUCUCUGUCGAGAAGUGCCUGCUGUGGUCUGAGGCGCCGCCCGCCUUCAGCCUGCCCUUCGUGCAGCUGUCGUUCCACCCGCUGGUGCGCAGUCUGGACAUGGACAACAUCAUUCUGCUCGUCACCGCCGUGCUGCUCGAGAAGAGGAUCCUCCUCAGAGCCAGCCAGUACGAGCUGCUCACCCUGGUGGCGGAGUCGGUGUCGCAUCUAAUUUAUCCCUUCAAGUGGGCCUACCCCUACACGCCCGUGCUGCCCCUAAACAAGCUGGAGCUCGUGCACAUGCCGGGAAGCUUCCUCUUUGGCAUUGUGCCCACGCGCUGGACGGACCAGGACCUGCCAGGCGGGGUGAUGGUGGUGGACCUGGACGCCAACCGCAUUGCCAUGACCACCAGCGCCUACGACGACGACAGCGACACCAUUCCGCCGCUGCCUGAGCCAGAGAACUCCCAGGUUCGGGAGGCGCUGCUGCAGCUGGUGGCGCCGGACCUGAUGGGGCUGGACCAGGCUCGGACGCGCGACUUCAGCUGCGAGCUGCACAAGUUCCGGCGGCCGUGGGGCAGACUGCACGACCGCGAGAUGCGGUUGAUCUUCCUUCGCUUCUUCGCCUCCAUCCUCUGCAGCUACAGACACUAUGUGGACAAGGUGGUGGAGCCGUCAGGGCACGUGAAGUCGACGUUCAACAAGGCCAGCUUCUUCCGCAAGCGCGCCAAGGUCACUGGCAACACCGACGAGCCGCUGAUCUCGCAGCUGCUGCACACGCAGUGCUGGCAGCAGUUUCUGGACGGCAGCACGAGCCGCACCCCCGACAACUACUCCUUCUUUGACCGCGUGCUGCUGGAGCUGGAGGCGCUCGACAUCGCCACGGGGCCCGCCAUGGCGCAGGUGGAGCUCGCCCACGACGACGGCGCCUCUGAAAUCGUCACCGUGCCGCCGCCCACGCCUAAAGAGCGAGCGGCGGGGCGGUACACGCACCGGUCGUUCCCGUGUUUGGAGCGCAGCGCGGAGGAGAAGCAGCGGCGGUACGAGUUCCUGCAGCAGGUGCGGCAGACCGUGGCCGACGCCAAGCAGCACAAUGAGGCGCGACGCGUCGUCAGUGCGCCGGUGGAUGGCAGUGCGGACGUGGAGGAGACAGUGGUGAUGGAGGAGAGGAGCCGAGGGAGCAAUCGACUGCGAGAGCAGGAGGAGCGCGAUGCCAUGGUGGGCGCCAUCAAGGGCAAGUUCUCCAAGCUGUGGGACCAGCUGCUGGCGCUGCCGGCGGAUGAGGAGCCGCUGUCGUCGCGCGAGUACGGCACCAUCUACGCAAUGAUGGAGGACGAGGAUGGCGUGGGGAGCUCGGGAUUCAUGGAGGUUCUACAGGACAAACUGCAAUCCAAGGCGUGGGACGGCGAGCUCAAGGCGGAUCUAUUUGUGGCCGUCAGAGAGCUGAUCGUGCUCUCCAUAUCGCGCGCUGCCAUGCGCAGCGACAUGCAGUCCGUGCUGGCGGCCUUGGAGCUGGGGAGCCGCGUGCACCAGCGGGACGGCGCGGGGCACAAGGACACGGUGCUGCGCCACAUCGGCGCGCUGCCCAUCUGGAAGGACUUCAGGUUCUGGAAGACGUACCAUGACACGCAGCUGGAAGUCAACCCUGACUUUGAGGGCAAGGUGGCGGAUCUAGUGCAGCAGCUGCUGGGAGGCCUCGCUCAAGUCAUGGCGGAGAUGGGGCUGGUGGAUGGGGACGCGUGGGCCAUGCUGGAGGUGCUGUCCAGCCGCCUCAGCCUCAAGCGCCAGAUUGUGCUGCGGGGGCAGCUGGCGUACCUGCAGCACGCGUGGCAGUACUACCCGCUGUCGCCCACAUCGCCGCUCUUCGCCGCCAGCUUCAACCGCCAGUUCCAGUCGCACGCCCCGCACUCCACAGGGGGGGGCGCGGACGAGGGGGCCGGGGGGGCCACAGGGGGUGGCGGGGCGGGCGGGGAGAGCCAGGUGGCGUCGGCGCUGGGGUCGGCGGCGGGGCGGUGGAUGAGCACGCUGGGGAACCUCAACCUGGGCACGUUCCAGAAGCAGCAGCAGGAGAAGCUGCUACAGGGCGGUGGGGGCUCACAGAAAAUCGGAGUGUUUGACGCUGAGGCGGGCAAGGAGCGGCCCGGGCUGCAGCCGUCCAAGUCGCUGCGCCACUCGCACGCGCAGGGCCGGGGCGCCACGGGGGUGCGUGUGCUGCGCGGCCACAAGCAGCCAAUCACAGCGCUCCACGCGGGCACACGCAGCGAGCUGGGCGACCUGCUGCCGGACGGCGACGAUGGGGCGGGGUACUUUGUCAGUGGCAGCUGUGAUACGAGCGUGAAGCUGUGGGACCCCAGCACCCGAGGGGACGAGCUGCGCGCCACCAUGCACGGUCACACAGGGGCGGUGCGCUGUCUGGGGUCGGACGCCACGAGGGUGCUGUCAGGCGGCGAUGACCGGCGGCUGCUGGUCUUUGACAAGGCCACGGCGCGCAUGCUGGCGGACCUCCGCGGCCACCAGCACAGCAUAGUCGCGCUGCGCAUGCUGCCCGGGCUGAACAAGGGUAGCGUGGUGACGGCGGGGCGGGACGGGCAGGUGAACCUGUGGGACACGCGCACGGACCACAUCGCCAGCACGCUCUUCACGUGCCCCCCGGGGCAGAUGAUUCUGGCGCUGGACUACUUGGACCAUGCAGGCAUCCUGGUGGCCGCUGGCAGCGAGGGCAUCUGCUAUGUGUGGGACGUGCGGGCGGGGAAGGAGCGGUUUCAGCUGGAAGGGCACACCAACUGGAUCCGGGCGGUGCGGGUGGCGGGGGACGUGGUGGUGACGGGGAGUGACGACUGGACGGCUAGGGUGUGGACGCUCAACGACGGCGAGUGCGAGGCCACCGUGGCGUGCCAUGGCGGGCCCGUCACUGCCGUCGACUACGUCACGGCGUCACGCGGCUUCAUUACGGGCUCCGCUGACUGCAGCGUGCGACUGUGGGACAGAGGGGAUGGCGUGCAACCGCGCUGUGUGAAAACCCUGACCAACCACGCAGCGCCCAUAGUGGCGGUGCGCGCGUCCGACCGCUACGUCACCAUCGCCGCCGCCGACGACUCGCUCUCCCUGCUGCACCGCCCCUUCGCUGACCGGUUGCCGCCCAACAGCUCGCCCUCGCUCACCCCGCUGGGCGGGCCGGGCGGCAUGAGCAACGGCGCGCGCGCAUACAUGGGGAGCGUGGGCGUGAUGACGGACUGGCAGUUGUCGAGGCAUCUGAACAGGGCGCCGGACCUGAUUCGGCAUGCGGCGUGUGAUGUGGAUCGGGGGCGCAUCUGCACGGGCGCUCGAUCGGGAGUGCUACGCGUGUGGGAGCCACCCACGCCCCUGGCUUGACCCACUCUCUUUUGUGACACAAAUCGUAAGCCGGGCUGCAACUGCCAUCAACCGGAUUCCGGCACAUGUCAUAGCAGCCACACAGCACCUCCGCACCCCGUGGCCAUGGCGCACCUUGCCACACUCCGCCACGGCAUCAUGCAAGCAUUGCGGUGCAGGGUAGCCCACACGCCCUCCUGUCCUGUCCUGUACCGACAUGCCCGCAUGCCCACCAUGCGGCCCUCACUUCCACUGGGACCCUACACAGCUUGAGUCUUGACUCCUCUCGCACAACUGCAAGCCCACAUGCCGCUGCACCAUUUUUUAGACGGAUCGCAUCCCUGCACUCCAUGCCGUGGUGCACAGAGGGGUGCAAAGCAGUGCAGCAGAUAUCACAGGGAUGCAGCACAUUGUGGUGGCACAAGGCUGAUGAUGGCAGCAGCACAGCGCAGGUCCAGCGUGUGACACUCUUAGAAGGGUUUCUUUUAGUGGCAGAAAGUACUCAGACAACAUCGGCAGUGAGCAUGGAAGAAAUGGCAUGCCUCUUCCAGAUGUACCUUUGCACAUGCUUGCUGUUGAUGCCACUAGAGGUGCUUCUAGUCUGUUUGUGUGGUGAUGGCGAGCAAUGCCAGGCCAACACAUCAUCGGGGCACUGACUCUAGGAGCUCUGAAGUGUACCAUGAGGCACUUGGGUUGUGAAAGCAGUUAC